AUGUCACAUAAAGAUAAUAUGACCAAGUUCUCAUCAUUGAGAUUAUUGUCUAUUAGUCGUAUAUCAGAUCAUAUUAAUAGGGGUAGUAGUAGUAGUACUGGUUCGACCACCACACCCACAUCAAACACUGGUGUACCAUCUAAUAUUCUAUCAUACGAUCAAGAGUCAAAUAUACACAAACCAUUGGAUCUUUAUCUUCAAUUUCCCGAUAAUUUCAAAUAUCACCUUCGAGUAUCCAACGGUGACACUGUACAGUCUACAAAGAAAAAGCUAUCAGAAGAGUUGCUUAUUCAAUCAUCAUCUCUAGUUUUCAGUCACAAUGACAAUAUUAUGAUUGAUCCUCUUUCCUUUUCUGAUUUCGAACACAUACGACACAAAGAUCAAGUUACAUUAUUGGUAAAGAUUGUUGGAAAUACUCCAUUCUGUAGGGAAAAAAUACUAUGCAAUAUUGAAAAGAGAAAAGAAGAGAUUACAGGAAAAGUAAUCAUUGGAAAUAGUAAUAGCUUGAAUGGAUCACCAUUGUCAUCGUCACCAAAAUUAUCUCUACUUUCGCUCGAUGGAAUUGGUGGAAUCUGUUCUAUUGGUAGUGAGCAACUCCUCACACCAACAUCUCCAUCUGGUUUUAAAAGUGCUCGUAGGCAUUCAGUACAACCUCCUCCUUUAUCUUCUUCCUCUUUAGAAACUAGUGAAAAUAAUAUUAUUGAUAAUUGUAAUAAUAAUAAUCAAAAUAAUCAAAAUAAUCAAAAUAAUAAUAAUAUUAUUAUUGGUAAAGAUUCUAUCCAACCAAUUAUAGAAUCAUCGUUCAAAGACCUCUCACUUUAUAAAGAGGUUUCUACUUUGUCAUCACAAAUUCAAACAACAUCAUCAUCGUCAUCAGAUCAUCAUACUCACAAUGUAGAUAUUCAAAACCAAACACCACUACCAUCAAUAACAACAUCAACAACAAAAACAUGUACACAAGAUGAUUCAUUAAAAUCAGAUUCAUAUGGUAACAAAACACCUUCUACAAUGAUAAUGUCACCUGUUACAACAAGUGGUAGAACCCCACCACCAUCAUCAUCAUCAUCAUCAUCAUCAAUGAUUGUUGGGUCACCUACAUCGUCAUCAAUGAUGAGCCCAUCACAUAGAAAGACACAUCUUAGAAUUGGUUCACUUGCAGCAGAUUUAUCGUUGACUAGGACUCUGGAAAGAGAUCACUUGCAUUUUAAUGAUAACAAUAGCAACAGUGGUGGGAGUUCUAAUAGUGGACACAGUAGCACGAGCAGUAGUCAUACCAAUUCACCUUUAAUCAUUACACCUUCUUUAACAACAUCUGCAUCGUCGUCCAAACAAAUAAGAAAUAUAACAAAAUCAUCUUUUGAUCCUCCCAUUUUUGAUUUGGAUGGUGAUAUAUCCCAAAAUAAUAAUAAUAAUAAUAAUAAUAAUAAUAAUAAUAAUAAUAAUAAUAAGUUUACAGAGGUUAAACAAACAGAAAUAUCGCCAUCAUCAUCAUCAUCAUCAUCGUUAUCACCAAAGCCUGGUCUGCUCAAUCCCAACGAUUAG